AUGGUCGACCUCGAAAAGGCAGACUCGCGCAGCGCCGAGACCGCCCUCACCGUCUCCUCCUCCUCCGAUCCCUCGAGCCCGCGUCUGCAGCCCAUCCGCACCAACCAGUCGUACCGCUCGGUCCGCUCCCAGCGUCGCAUUGACGGAACGGACUACCUCGAGAACCUCGAGCAAGCCCUCACCCCGGACCCGACGCUGCUGCACGCCGACCACGAUGGCCAGGGCAUCACCCACACCCGCACCGCCGCCAGCGCAGCGACCAGCAUCGCCAGCCGACCACCCGAUUUCGAGGUCAUCUUCGAGGACGAUGACCCCGAGAACCCGCGCCUCUGGCCCCUGUGGUACCGGGUCUGGGUACUCUUCUGCCUCGCCUACACCGGCUGGGUCGUCGUGCUCUACUCGACGAGCUACACCUCCUCCGCGCCCGGCCUCAUGGCCGAGUUUGGCACCUCGACGACCGUCACCACCCUCGGCAUGACGACCUAUCUGCUCGGCCUCGCCUGUGGCAGCGUCGUCCUCGCGCCCAUGAGCGAGCUGUUCGGUCGCCGCAUCGUCUACCUCAUCUGCCUCGUCGCCUGGGCCGUCCUCGUUGUGCCCUCGGGCGUCGCGCAGAACUUUGCCACCAUCCUCGCCUCCCGCUUCUUCUGCGCCUUCUUUGGCGCCGUCAUGAUCGCCAACUCGCCCGGCACCGUCGUCGACCUCGCCCACCCGGACUACCUCGCCUUCACCCUCUCCAUCUGGUCCAUCGCCCCCAUGAACGCGCCCAGCACCGGCGGCAUCAUUGGCGGAUUCGUCUUCCAGAGCCUGGGCUGGCGCUGGAGCAACUGGAUCAUCCUCGCCGGGGGCGGCGCCGGCAUCGCCAUGAUGGCCACCUGCAAGGAGACCUACGCGCCCACCGUCCUCAAGCGCAAGACCGCGCGCAUCCGCAAGGAGACGGGCGACGACCGGUACUGGUGCCAGUUUGACCAGCGCGUGUCGACAUGGCAUCUCAUGAAGACCAACCUGUCGCGACCUUUCAUGCUCGCCGCCACCGAGCCCAUCCUCUGGUUCAUGAACCUCUGGAUCUCGCUCGUCUACGGCAUCCUCUACCUCUGCUUCGUCGCCUACCCCAUCGUCUUCCGGCAGCACCGCGGCUGGUCCCCGGGCAUCGCCGGCCUCGCCUUUGUCGGCAUCGGCAUCGGCACCCUCCUCGGUAUCUUCAGCGAGCCUCUCAUGCGCCGCCUCAUCAACGCCCCCUGGCAGCCGCGCGACCCGCGCACCGGCAAGGUCGCCCCCGAGGCCACCGCCCUCGUCAUGGCCAUUGCAGCCAUCCUCACCGCCGUCGGCCAGCUCGCCUUCUCCUGGACCUGCCUGCCCAUCACCAUCCACUGGGCCAUUCCCAUCGCCAUGGGGAUCCCCUUCGCCAUUGGCAACACCCUCUGCUUCAUCUACGGUGCCAACUACAUCGCCGGCGCCUACGGUAUCUUCUCCGCCAGCGCCCUGGCCGGCAACGCCGUCGUCCGCUCCGUCUUUGGCGGCACGCUGCCGCUCGCGGGGCCCAAGAUGUACGAGGCGCUCACGCCGCAGUGGGCGGGCACGCUGCUCGGCCUGCUCGAGGUGAUUAUGAUUCCCAUCCCCUUUGUCUUCUGGCGGUAUGGACACAAGAUCCGCGCCAAGAGCAAGGUGAUCAAGCAGUUGCGCGAGGAGCAGGAGCGCAUCGACGCCAAGAGGGCGCGCUGGGCGAUCAAGCUGGAGAAUAGGGCGCAACAGCAGCGGCAGCAACAGGAGGAUUUGUCUGAGAAGACUGUUGGAGAGAGUGAGGCGGUGGCUGCUGUUGGCAGCAAGGAGGACUGA